UUUCACAUGUUGAGAUUAAGAAAUUUUGUUAUAGAUAUCAGUCACAUGCUCUGUGGUAUAAGUUGGAUAGUAAUGCAUAAAAAGCAUUCAUAAUCAUUCAUUUAUAAAGGAAUUAUUUUACAUAAUUUAUAUAAUUUACAAAAUGUCUCGAUCGAAGAUUUCCGAUUUACUUGGUGUGCUUAAAGGAAUGCAAAGUGUGACAAAUGCUAUUAUAAAACAUCAGGAAGAUACAAUUAGAUAUAUAAUUACACACUCCAGUUUAAAAGAUUUACCUAAGAAAUGUUUCCAAGCUGCAGGGAAAAAAUUGACUAAUAUAGAAUCAAGUAAGGUACCUGGACAGAUAAUGAAAGACUUAAAAGAAACAACUGAGCGUGUAGCUAUUGUUGAAGAAGGUAUUAAACAAUAUAUUAAGAUAAUAGUUAAUCAAACAUUGGAUAUAAAGGAUGAUUCUUAUACUCCUAAAAAAGAAACAAAACUAUAUGUAUAUAAUGCUGCAAAAGAUCCAAAAGAAUUAUCUCUUGAUAGAGAUGUUGUGUUACCAGAAUACAAUCUUAACAAAUCUAUAAUACAAGAAUCUUUAGAAGGCAUGCCAAAUAAUAUGAAAAAAAAGUAUAUGACUGUAAAAGAAAAAAUCAAGACUAUUGCAACUUCAGAUAAAGAGAUACCUGAUAUAGAACUCUCUGAUAAAGAUAAAGAAAUCUUAAGGAAAUUGGAAUUAGAACAUGAAAAGAAUAUUAAUAAUGAGAUUAUAAGUUCUACCUCCUCUUAUAUAAUUAAAACAGAUGAAAAGGAACAUGUACAUACACAAGUGAAUUCUAAAGAAAGACCGAAAGUCAAAUUAUCAGUUAGACCAAAGCAAAGUCUAUCGCCUACUGCUAGAGAAAGAAAAGUUCCUGUUACAAGAUUACAAAGAAUGGUAAGUUUUGGUACCUUAGGUAUCGGCCUUGGUCUUGGUACUGUUGCAGAAUAUACAAGAAGAACAUUAGGAUUAAAAGAGCAAAGCAUUGGAGACGCAGUUGAUAAUAUGUUUCUUACUAAAGCUAAUGCAGAAAGAAUAGUUUCAACAUUAUGCAAAGUAAGAGGUGCUGCUCUAAAAAUUGGUCAAAUAUUAAGUAUCCAAGAUAAUACUAUUAUAAGUCCCGAAAUGCAAAGUGUCUUUGAAAGAGUCAGACAAAGCGCUGAUUUUAUGCCAACGUGGCAAGUGGAGAAAGUAUUAAUUAGCGAACUUGGUCAUAAUUGGAGAAAUAAAUUGGCAUUCUUUGAAGAAAAACCAUUCGCUGCAGCAUCCAUUGGACAAGUGCAUCAUGGUAUAUUAUUGAACAAACAAGAUGUAGCAAUAAAAAUUCAGUAUCCAGGCGUAGCUAUGGGUAUUCAAAGUGAUAUAGAGAAUUUAGUAGGCAUAAUGAAGAUAUGGAAUAUGUUUCCAGAGGGAAUGUUUAUAGACAACGUAGUAGAAGUUGCAAAACGGGAACUGGCGUGGGAAGUGGAUUAUAUACGAGAAGCGGAAUGUACAAGAAAAUAUAGGAAGUUAAUAAUGCCUUAUCCGGAUUAUUACGUGCCUGAAGUAAUAGAUGAUCUCUCUACAAAACAAGUAUUUACAACAGAAAUGAUAGAAGGCAUACCUGUUGACAAAUGUGCAGAUAUGGAUAUUAAAAUUAGGAAACGUAUCAGCGAACUGAUCAUGCGUCUGAGUCUAAAGGAAUUAUUUGAAUUUCGAUACAUGCAGACUGAUCCAAAUUGGUCCAACUUUUUUUAUAAUCUUGAUACAAAACAGUUAGUUUUAUUAGAUUUUGGCGCAUGCAGAUCUUAUGAUAAAGCAUUCAUGGACAAAUAUAUAGAAGUCAUUAAUGCUGCGAGUGAAGGUAAUCGCGAUAAGGUUUUACAAUUGUCUCGAGAUAUGAAGUUUCUCACUGGAUACGAGUCCAAGAUUAUGGAAAAUGCUCAUGUGUAUGCAGUCAUGAUACUUGGACAAGUAUUUGACAAUAAUCACGAAUAUUAUGAUUUUGGCGAUCAAGAUGUAACAAAACGGAUCCAAACUUUAGUGCCAACUAUAAUAAAUCAUCGAUUAUGUCCUCCUCCUGAGGAGAUCUACAGUUUACAUAGAAAAUUGUCAGGGAUAUUCUUAUUGUGUGCAAAACUUCGAGCUAAAAUCAAGUGUCGUGAUAUGUUUCGUGAGAUUUAUAGCAGUUAUAAAUUCGGCUAAUGCGUUAAUAUCGAUAUUAAUAUGAAAUAUGUAAGAUUAAAAUGUAUAUUUUGAAGACAAAAUAUGUA